AGGACUCAGUCCAGUCAUCCUUGUUGGGAGUCAGCAUGGCGCAGGAGGACAAAUGCAGCCUGGAGGCGAAAUUUGCUGCUGCAGUUAGAGUGAUCAGGAGUUUGCCUGAAGAGGGUCCAUUCCAGCCAUCCGAUGAAAUGAUGCUGAUGUUCUAUAGUUAUUACAAGCAGGCCACCCUGGGGCCCUGCAACAUCCCCAGACCAAUGGGUUUCUGGGACACUCGAGGCAAAGCUAAGUGGGAUGCAUGGAGCUCUUUGGGAAAUAUGACAAAGGAGGAAGCCAUGAAGAAUUAUAUUGAGAACAUCCAGCUGAUUUUGGAGACUAUCCCAAUCUCAGAAGAAGUAGCUGACCUGGUGCAAAAGCUUGGCUCCUUCUACUCUGAAGUAGAUGGUGAAGAUGGAGAAACUGAAGAAAAUGAAGUGGACAGGAGACCCUUCACCAGGCCUUUUGCAAAACAUGCAGAUGAGCUGAUCAGACCAUUUAAGAAACCAACUUUGGAAGGCUAUGGGGAUCUGUGGGAUGAUGUUCAAAACCUUGAAGAACAUGACAAAGACAGUGUUCAUGACAUAAGUGUCAGUAAUGAGGAGGCAAAGAGAAGCAACGAAAAUAGUGAGAUGGAGGGAAGUGAGGAAAGUGGUGAUUGGAGGAAAAGUGAUGAUGAGGAGAAUGGGGAUGAAGAAGACAAUACAGAGGAUGAAGACAAAGAGGAGGAAACAGGCUGGGGUCCUGACCCGAGGCGGCUGAGGGUGGAGGACAAGAGGUGGAGGUCUGACACCAGGGGGUCCAACAGCAGCAUGGAGCCCAGCAUGUCUCCCUUCACCAAUGGGACCCACAGCUCACUCAACAGUGAGGUGGAGGAGGAGGAGCUAGCCUGUUCUGUUGAGCCCAGUGUGCAAUAUAACCCAUAUAUACGCUUUAAUGGACACCUGAUUGAUCAUACUGAUGUUCCUGAGAAGAACCUCCGCCGAUCCACAGACUCAGAUAACGAGGAAUUCUGCGACUCGAUGGAGCAUCUGGCCAUGGAUGAGGGUCGAUGUUCGUCCAAAGUUCUGUCACCUGGAUCCAGAGCUGCCUCAGUGAGGCAAAAGGAUCUUUGGUUUGAAAGCAACACCACCUUGAAUGGAGAGGAUCAAGCACUGAUGGGAGAUUCCUACUUUAAAGAGGGGAUUAGUACAAGCCAACACAACAGCUCGUUGUCAAGAAGAGGGAGAGGUGUGCAGUCGCCACGGACACCCUGCAGCUCUCAGCAGUGUGUGAGUGUCGAUGCUUCCUGCUGUUGUGUGCCUCAGAGCAGACAUCCUGUCAGUGCUGCCAGGGGAAACAUCAACGAGCAAAUAGCAACAGCCCUGCUAAGGCUGCAGCACGACAUGGCUGCUGUGCUGCACAGGCUGCAUGCACUGGAGACGCUUACUGUUUCACAGUCAAGAACAUCUACGCCAAGGCAAGAGGACUCUCUACCAGUAGCACAAAAGUUCCUCAGACCUUCCUGGUGGCCUUUUGACUUCUGUCCACUCACCGUGGUGAUGACGGCACUCUGGCCUCUGAUUUCCCAUUGGCUCGUCCAGUUGUAUUUACAACGGAGGAGAAGGAAAAUCCCUUGAAUUAUCUGGCAACUGUCAGCAUCAGUAGAAGGACAUGAACCUGGGGUGAAAAUAUUGCACUUUGGUUGUUUUAUGGCUUUUUAAGCCAUGAUCAGUUGCACGUGGGGGUGUGCAGGGAGCCCCCAGUUGAAGUAGAAAAGGCUGGUCUAGAUUAAUAGAUUUUCAGAAAGAUGAUUAAAGGAAGAUUCUGCAGUUAAAUGUAGCACUUUGCCUGUUUAGAUGUGUAAGAGUGGGAAGAUUUAUACAUUAUGAAUGCUAGCACAUUAUCUUUACUACAAUAAAUAAGCAAAAGGUGUUUAUCUUAUUUAUGAAAUGUCUCACAAAUCAAUAGAAAAGUCACUAUAUUCAACAUUCAUAUAGAAGUAGUUGUUAAACUUGAGCUACCGUUGUAAUUUCCACUUGUUUUCUUUUUUUAUAUAAUUGGUUUCUUUUUUUUUGUCAAGAAAAACUUUUUUUGCUGCAAUGUGGUAUAUGGAUUGUUUACAUUUAAUGCGUGAAAUAUAGGCAUAUAUUAAGAUAUAUGAUAUUUAAUGUGUGAUAUUGUGUAUUUAUUUAAGAGCUUAAGUGCAAUAAUAGCAAAGACUGCACUCUCAAUUUGCAAAGAAAAAUAAAAGGACAAUCCAUUUAUUUAUUAUUUUCAGCUGUACAGUAAAUAUUUUAUUUAGGAUGUCAUGCUGUCGGAUCUACAGUUGUAAACAUGCAUCUAUGAAACAA